ACUUUCCUUCCCUCUUCUAGCCCUCGUUCAAAAUUCAAAAACCAAUAGAGCGAAGUAUAGAACCUACAGUCGCACUCGGCGAUUCUCUCUCUCUAAAACAUCAUCUCUAGAAUUUGAGUUGUGAACAAGACCCAUGGAAAAAAGCUAGGGUUCUUGAUCCGUACAAUCCGAGAGGGACAUAAUAAAUGAUAUGCUCGUGGUUCGAGAGAGACUUUUUAGGGUUCUUCCGCAGAUCGGCAAAGGCGAUGGGUUGUUUCUUCGGCUGUUUCCGUAUCAAAGAUGACGGCGUUCAUCACCCUCAGACUCACCUCAUCUCCGAACCCCUCCCUAGAAACGCAACCGAACUCGUGGUGGAUCGGAAUCGGAAUCGGAAUCGUUUAUCGUCUCUGCUACUUUCUGAAGAGAAAGAUGCUUCACCAAGUAAGGAUAAGGAAAAUGUUGAUUUGGGGACGCCAGAUCCUGAUUUUGAUGUCAGAGAGCUCCAAAAUGAGGCCAAGUUCCUCAAAGCUUGUGGUACUUUACCUGAGACGCCAGCUGAAAUUCGUGUAGUGUCUGAGAAAUUGAAAGAUUCAUCACUUAAUGAUGGAGCUACAGAUUCUUCAAAAUUCCAUACCUGGCUUCCCAGCAAUACGAUCCAAACACUCAAUUUGGAGAAGCAACUUGAUCAGCCUCCUACUCCUAUCAAACUUUGUGAAGGGGUAAAAGGUUUAGGUUCUUCGUUGCAAACACCUAUCAGCUGUACAGCCAUUGACCAAAAUACAGAAAGGCUCUCUGCCAGCACUACGGAAGGCAGUGGGGUUGGGGAUGUUGACAUGACCAUUAAGGUUCAUUCUGAUCAUUCUUAUGAGUCAGCUUCCACUUCAGUUAGAACCAGGCGUUUUGCUGCAAGUUCACAGUGCAGGAACAAGUCCGUUCGUUUUGACUGCAAGUCUGAUGCCUCUUCACUCUCUUCAGAAAGCUCUUCAUCUGAAAUUGCUAGCCAUAUCUCCAAGCAAACUGACUCAACAGGCAACUACAGUGUAUCAAAGUCUUAUCCUUACCCAACCCCUUUAAAGCUAACGGAUGAGAUGCAAACACCUGGAACUGUUUUCCCUUCAUAUCUACAAAAUAUGGGAAAUGGGAAGAACCUUCGGAUCAGGUCUCAAUAUGUUUACUCAGUCAUGAACCCCGUUGAGGAUUUGUCUCAGUGGGAGGUAUUGAAGGAAGAGGAUUUUAGCUCCAAUCAAAUGACAAGUAAGCUGAGAGAAUCUCUUGAGAAGGCUGAUGAUGUGAGCUCUAAUUCAGAAGGAAGGAUGAGUGAAACUUCCGUGGAGAAAGAGUUGAAAGUGGAAGCAAGUUUGUCUUCUUGGCUGAAACCACAGCCAACCAAUCUGGAAGGUAAUAAUCGACACUUUGGUGCGAUUUUUAGUGACAAUGCUUGUCGUCGGAGGACUCUUGGGGAUCGACCUAUCCUUGGGAUGGUUGCUGCCCACUGGAAUGAAGAUGAACCUUCUCGUAUCUCUCCCAAGUGGUGGGAUGGAAAUGGAAUUCCAAAUUCAACUACCAAGUACAAAGAGGAUCAGAAAGUUAGUUGGCAUGCAACACCAUUCGAGGAAAGAUUAGAAAAGGCAUUGUCUGAGGAAACUUUUAUCUCUAGGAAGGAUAUCAGUGGGACACCACCUCCAGAUUUUGAUGGACACGAGGAAUGUGAUACUGCUUCAUCUCAGUUGCAGUCUUCUACCCAUUUGAAGUCUCUGGUUUCAUUCUAAACUAGUCCUUCUGUGUUGUGCGCUUGUUAAUGCCGUCAAUGUAGAUGUCAUCUUGGGAAUUCAGAUUUGCAUUUUGUCAUAGAACUGCGAUAAUUGGCUUGCGAAAAUUCAAGAACAAUAGAGUUGAGCUUGGAAAUUUGCUCGUUUCAAUAUGGUUAGUAGCAAUGCUUGCAACGUACAUAUGGAAGCUCGGGUAACAUCUGAUGUUGAAUGUUUGAUUUUAUUUCUCUAUUAUUUUUGAAAAUUUUAUUUUAUCCCCUUGUGGCCUGAUGCUCGAGUACUUUUUUUUUUCUGGUUCAACGAUUCAGG